AUGCUCAAGCACAAGCUCAAGGAUCGGGACGUCGACGCCGUGGCCGCGAUCUUGACGCGGCUCCAGGCCAAGGAGGCGAAUGCGCGUGAGACAGCGGCCCUCGACCUCCGCGCGGCCGUGGCCACGCUCUCGCGCGAGCUCACGUCCGAGACCUUUGCGCGGUUCCUCUCGGAGCUGACGCCACGCCUCCAGAGCCUCCUCCAGAGCCCGAGCUUGGGCGACCAGCUCGGUGGCAUCGCCGCCGUCGAAGCGCUCAUUCCCAUUCUGCCGACCAAGACGCCAGCUUGGGACUCGAUUCACGGCUCGCUGCUCGUGGUCAUGCAGCUGCUUCAAAACACGGGCAGCUUUAUGGUGCCCCGAUUCCGCGAGGUGUGCGACAUUGUCUUGUGCUACAAGGACUCGCGCGACAAACUCGUUGCGCGGUCCGUGUGCCUGCUCUUGCCGCAGCUCGCAGCGUACUGCCCCGACGCGUUUGUCCGACACUAUUUGAGCACGUGCGUGACGCACCUCAUGAAGCGCAUGACGACGUACGUCUCGGCAGCCGAGCGAGGCGUCGCGUUCCUUGCGCUCGGCCACCUCGCCUUGUCGGUCGGCGGUACGCAGCUUUCUUUUCUGCCGAGCAUCGUCGAGCUCCUCCAGGACGGCAUGAAGCGCAACCGGUACUUUUGCAUCGAGACGCUCAUGUGCGUGGCGCACUUUACGCGCGCGUGCGGCGCUGCGUUCGAGCCGUACUUGCCGUCGCUGGUCGACCAAAUGAUGGAAGGCGGGCUCAACGACCCGCUCGUCGAGGCGCUCGCCGACAUCACCAAGACCGUGCCACUGCUCUUGACGGGCGUCCAAGAGCGACUCCUCAACGAAAUUUCGCUCGUCUUGCGCGGUAGCUCCUCUCGCCUCCCUUGCGAACGGUCCACGAAUCUUAGAAAUUCGGUAGGCGUGACGUUUGCGCCGUCACUCGACGACAAGCCAAUGAAAGCGCGCAAGGCCGGCCGGCGGGACGAAGCGUCACCGGCCGCCCUCUCGCUCUCGCUCAAGACGCUGAGCUGGUUCAACUUUCACGGCCCGUUUUCGAUUCUACCGUUCGUGCGCGACAGCGUCUGCUUGUACCUCACGCACCACGACAUGACGGUCCGCAAGCAAGCUGUGGUGGCGUGCGCCAAGCUGCUCUUACCGACGGCCGUGCCCAAACGCGGUCCCAGCGGCCGCGUGAUCGACGAGGUCUUGCAGCAGCUGCUACAGGUGGGCAUUUCGGACGUCGACUCGAACGUCCGGAAGAGUGUUGUCGAGUCGCUGGACGCGCGUUUUGACGAGUGGCUGAGCCAAGAGACGCACUUGACUCUGCUCUUCUUCCUCCUCAACGACGAAACCCCGAGUAUCCGAGAAGGCACCAUGUGUCUUUUGGAGCGUCUCGCGCCGCUUAACCCUGCGUUUAUCUUGCCAUUGCUGCGCCGCGUCUUGGUCCAACUGCUCACGGAGCUCGAGCACGCGAUGGAUCUGCGCAUGCUCGAAGACAGCACACGUCUCCUCGGGCGCCUCAUUCGCGGCUCGCAGCACCUCAUCGAGCCGUACCUUGGCCGCGUCCUGCAGGUGCUCUUGCCCAAGAUCCAGCAUGGGAAUGCGAUGCAGCAGAACCUCGCCAGCGCCGUCUUGACGACCAUUGGCGAGCUGGCGCUUGCGGUGCACGAGCCCAUGGCGGCGUACGAGCCCGCGCUGUUGCCACUGAUUCUCGACGCCCUCCAAGACCACGGGUCGAUCCAGAAGCGUCAGGUGGCGCUG